AUGUUUAUCCCUGAACCCAUUAAAAACACGCAUGGUGCCGACACAUUAGCGACCAACACAAAAAGGGAGAGUGUACACAGCAUUCCACCGGAAAAAAGUAUACAGACAAGCAGAGCGUAUGUAUAUACUGAUAGGGACAUGCCAGUUGAUAUAGGCCUUUCUCUCCUGCACCCACUGCUGAGUGUUGGCACCGCAGGACGCGACAAGCAGAAGAAUCAGCGGAAAGGGACAAGCCGCAGCCGCAGUGUUACUGCCAUGGAUCGGAGGCGGGGUGUCCUUCAUGUCUGCCUCCCAACCCCCGCGCACCACCGCCGCGUCAUCCUCCCUCGGCGGAGGGUCCACGGCACCCUGCGCGUCAUCAGCGGCAUCAGGGCCCUUGGGUCCCGUGGCUGCAGCACCGCCACCGUCCUUGUCGCUGACGGCCUCAUCUCCUAA